GAAAGGCAAGAGUCUUUUGUCUGUGUUGUACUGAAAGGCAGACGAGUCUUUACUCACCCAAAAACAACACGAGGCCACAAACCCAUCUUUUGUUUUACCUUUGAAAUUUGAAUGAAUCCCAUGAACACAACUUCAAAUGGUUUCCUUUUUAUUUCUUCUCAAAUCCCAUAGCUUUCAACACAAAACACCAAUCCCCAUUUCACUCUUCUUCACUCUCAGAACACUUUGUACCAAUCAACAACAUGACUUUUGCACCAUUCCAACACAACCCAAUUCACCAUCACCAUCACCAUCUCAUUCACUUGUUAGAACUGUUUGUUCAUUGGUCUGUGACUCUUACUACCAACAACCCCACUUCACAACCUCACCCCCAAACAUUACCCUUCACCUAAAUGCUGAGUCUUUAACUCAUGAACAUGCCAUUACAGUCGUUGCUUCGCUUGCUAGCGAGGCGGGUUCGAUGGUAGCAUUAAGUUUCUUCUAUUGGGCAAUUGGGGUUUCCAAGUUUCGCCAUUUUAUGCGGCUUUACAUAGUGUGUGCAGUGGCAUUGAUUGAUAAUGGAAAUAUGGUGAGAGCCCAUGAAGUGAUGCAGUGUAUGGUGAGAAAUUUUUGUGAGAUUGGGAGGUUUAAGGAGGCUGUGGAUAUGGUUAUCGAGAUGCGGAAUCAGGGGUUGGCGCGGAGUACUCAUACUUUGAAUUGUGUUAUUGGAAUUGGGUGUGAAAUGGGUCUUGUUGAAUAUGUAGAGAACGUGUUCGAAGAAAUGUGUGUGAGAGGGGUGUCUCCUGAUUGUUGUAGUUAUAAGUUGAUGGUUGUUGGUUAUUGUAGGAUUGGUAGAAUUUUGGAGGCAGAUAGGUGGUUGAGUAAAAUGGUUGAGAGAGACUUUGUUGUGGACAACGCGACGUUGACAUUAGUUAUCACUGCGUUUUGUGAGAAGGGUUUUGCGAAUAGGGCGUGUUGGUAUUUUGAUAAGAUGAUUGAGAUGGGUUUGACACCAAAUGUGAUUAAUUUCACUUCUUUGAUUCAUGGGUUGUGCAAGAAGGGAAGCAUUAAGCAAGCGUUUGAAAUGUUGGAGGAAAUGGUGAGGAAAGGUUGGAAACCUAAUGUCUACACCCAUACAGCGUUGAUUCAUGGGCUUUGCAAGAAGGGAUGGACUGAGAAGGCUUUUAGACUAUUUCUUAAGCUUGUCCGGAGUGAUACUUACAAGCCUAAUGUUCACACAUAUACAACUAUGAUCGGUGGGUAUUGCAAGGAGGAGAAGUUGAACCGUGCUGAGAUGUUAUUGAGUAGAAUGAGAGAACAGGGAUUGAUUCCCAAUACCAACACAUAUACCACUCUCAUUGAUGGGCAAUGUAAAGUGGGGAAUUUUGAAAGAGCAUAUGAGUUGAUGAACAUAAUGAAUAAUGAAGGUUUUGCUCCUAAUAUAUUUACAUAUAAUGCAAUUAUUGAUGGCCUCUGCAAAAAGGGAAGGGCUCAUGAGGCUUAUAAAUUGCUGAAGAAGGGUUUUCGACAUGGAUUGCAAGCUGAUAGAGUUACAUAUACUAUCCUCAUAUCAGAGCAUUGCAAGCAGGCAGAUACAAAGCAAGCCUUGGUGUUUUUCAAUAAGAUGGUCAAAGCUGGCCUUCAACCCGAUAUACAUACAUAUACGACAUUGAUUGCUGCCUUUUGUAGGCAACGAAGAUUAAAAGAAAGCGAGAAGUUUUUUGAAGAAGCUAUCAUGCUUGGCCUGGUCCCAACAAAGGAGACUUAUACAUCCAUGAUAUGCGGGUAUUGUAGGGAUGGGAACAUUAAAUUGGCUGUAAAAUAUUUUCAUAGGAUGAAUGAUCAUGGCUGUACACCGGACAGUAUUACUUAUGGUGCUCUCAUAAGUGGGCUUUGCAAAGGAUCUAAGUUGGAUGAGGCUCACCGGUUAUAUGACAUCAUGAUAGACAAGGGCCUAUCCCCUUGUGAAGUUACUCGGUUGACAUUGGCUCAUGAGUAUUGCAAAAUAGAUGAUUCUGCUACUGCCAUGAUAAUAUUAGAAAGACUAGACAAAAAGCUGUGGAGCCGAACAGUGAAUACCUUGGUCAGGAAGCUUUGUAGUGAGGGGAAAGUGGGCAUAGCAGCUUUGUUCUUUCAUAGAAUAUUAGAUAAGGACCGUAAUGUGGAUCGUGUGACUUUGGCAGCAUUUAUGACCGCAUGUUAUGAAAGCAACAACUAUGCUCUUGUUUCUAGCUUGUCCGAUAGGAUCUCUAAAGGAAUUGGUUAGCAGCCAUUGUUUAAUCUAGAUGGGUGAAUUCGUCUGUGUUGAA